AUGCAGGCCAUGGGCAUCCACAUAAUGAAUCAGUCUGAAGUAGCAGUACCCUCAGACGGCAUCUCAUGGGGGUGGGGGCGACUUCCUCCCUGGCUGAGAGCUUUCAACAGGUUCCAACAAGCUGAUGCGUUUCAGAGGAAAUUCCCCCUCCUUCAGAGCUCUGAAGAAGGGGGAAUUUUCUACAAAGAGCGUCAGCUUCGGAAGGUAGAUGGAACCACAACAUGUGGAGAGGAAAGCAAAAAUCAAACACACCCAGAUGUGUUGGAUGCUGAAGGUUCAGCUGGAGCUAUACAAGAGAGUGGAAAUAUAAGGAACAGGCAGCAGGAGAGUAAGGAAGAUAUAGAAGAGAUGUCAGAUGGAAGGGGGCAUUUGCAUUUGAGACUCAAUUAUGCAGAAGAGUUGAGAAUCAAGAAAGAGCUGGAAAGAUUGCUUAAGCCUCCUCAGAGGACUGUCAAGCAGGACACGGUGGAAUUAAGGAGUAGCUCACCCCUGUCUCUAAUGCCGGGUCCUGCUUUAUCCCAAUUUAAACAGCUUUAUUCUACCUCACGUCCAAGAUCUAAGGUCACAGGCAGACUAGCUCAACCCACUUGCCAAUCUCCAUCAGCCUUUGAUCUGCUUCAAAACUCCAUGGCUGACAGUAUUGGAAAAGAAGAUCAGAAAGUUGGUGGAUUAGUAAAAAGUGCUGUGCCUUGGCCCAAAGAUGUCACACAAGAGUUAAAAGAAGAGAAAUGUCUGCAAAAUGGUCAUUCAUCAUUCAUCCAUGAACAUUUUGUGGAGACUGACUAUAGAGUACAGAGACCUGCAAUUGCAUCAGUGCUUGGGACCACCAAGCCUAUAUCAAUUUUCAAGCGACCAAAACCACCUGCAAAGAUCAGGUCUACCAUGUCUCAAAGUUCCCCUAAGCCACGCCCUUCUUUGAAGCCUACAGCUUUACAGAAGAAAGAGACACGAAUACAGAAGGCGGCUCAAGCUCCCUCCCGCAAGAUAAGGAAGGCUGUUGAUAAGAUAUCAAGUGAGGACAGUGAUGACAGUACUUCUUCCUCAAGCUCUGACUCGAAGGACAGUAAUGAGUCAGAAAAAAGAACAAGAUACACUAGCAAGAAAAAGAAAAACAUUUCAAAGAAAAUGAACACAUUGACUACACCAGACCAAGAAAAUGUUGAUGUUGGCAAUUUAACUGAUAGUGUACUUUUGCCAGAGCAACUCUCUAAAGCUACUUUUGUGACUGCUGUAUUUGAAAACCAUGAACGUGAUGGAAGCACUCAACAAACUGCAGAAGGAGUAAAUACCACAUACUUAAUUCCUCCAGUGAAGGCCACAGCUAGGUCGGUGGAUGAAAUAAUUGCAUCACUACGUUCUCCACAGACACAUACAGAGUCAGAUAUGAUGAUUAAACAGUUAAUGGAGAGUGUUUUGGGCCUUAACUAUAACAUCACAUUUGGGAAACCAGAAGAAGAGUGGAAUGUGACACAUGAGCCAGAGAUGCCACAAAUAGUCGUGGAAGAUCAGGAACGGUCACCUGGGGAAAAUCUAUCUUCACAACAGCGGAGCCUUGUGGAUCAAGAUGUCACAUUGACUGAUAGCAAACUGUCUGUAGAACUAUCUUUCACGGACAAAGACGAGGAAGAGACAGUUCAGCAAAUAUCUAUCUCGACCCAAGAGAAUCCUAUCACCCCAGUGCUGGAAGAGGAAAUUACAUAUGAAGAAGCUAAGCAAGUACUCAGAUCUGCUGCACAGGUCACCAUCUCGGACAUCAUUCAUGUAAAAGGGGAUGAUGCAGUGCCACUGACAAGACGGGAGACAGCCAAGACACACCCUCCUGUGGCUCUUCUUGCCACCUGGAAACCGAGAACUGAAUCUGCUGCACAUCAAACAAUCCAUCACCUCUGCACCGUGUCCCCCAGCCAUGUCCUACCAAGCAACUUGCAGCUGGCAUCAAGAGUGCAGCACACGGUGAACAGAAGAGGCCAUUGCACUGACCUCGGAGUCUUACCAGAUGAUUCAAAAGAAAGAAUGCGAACUUUGCAGGAUGGGACCCCAACGUUAACACUAUGGUCACAGGACCUGAGGGGUGGUGUUGUCACUCUGCCCCCUCAUAGUGCAGAGAGCUUGGAGGAGUGGCAGAGAAUUGCUGAAUAUUAUGUGGAAGGACCUCGUAUGGAGCUCACUGGAGAGCAGGCAUCCCUGUACCAUAAAACCCUGAAGAUGUUUUGGGCACCAGCUCCUCCAAAAUUCUCUGCCCCUCUGUCUCUAAUGCAGGAAACAUUGUUCUCCCAAUAUGAGAGUUGCUUAGAUGAACAAGAAGUCACUGAAGGAUUACUGUUGAUGAAGACUGACAGUGAAUCAUCAGACGAAGAGAAUAUGGACUCAGAAGACCUUGCAAAACUGAAAAAGAACUGUUUAUCUGAAAGCACUAACACCAUUGCUGAGAGAAAUAUAUGGGCUGUCAUUGCUGACCACCUUCUGAAAACACUAGUUACCCGGGUGUCACUGUGCUGGCUGCAGGAGAAGGAGCGGUGCUGGAGAGGUGAAGAAAUGGAGGAGCAGAACCCCAAACUUUUGUCAGGCAUCCCUGCACAGACAACCUUGCUUAUUGACCAGGAAAAAGAGUUAACUUCCACAGAGGUGGCGGCUGUUCCACAACUGACCUUAAAUCAUUUUAAGUGGAAGAAAUCAAAGAUGAAGAAAGGACACUUAGAUCAAAAGAAGCUGAAAAUGAUAUCAGAGGAGCUGAACCGACCACCACGAACCUUGAAAAGAUCUGUGUCAAUUGAAAGAAUGUCGAUUGGUUCAAGACCCACUCAGCAUCUGAGGAGCUCCAGUCUUCCUCACCAGUUAGAUUUUUCAUCCUUCAUAAAGACUCAGGGUGGUGCCCAGAAGGGCCAGGAUCUUCGAGAAUGGGUGAGAGGCAUUUGGAAUAACUGGUUUGAUGAAGUUCUUCCUCCAAGUCGGGCAUCUAUGAAAGAUGAAGCACAAUACUUCGAUAUAACUGGUCCUGUGAAUCAGCCUGAUCCUGAAAAGAAGGAGGAGACACCAUGGACCGCAGGCCUGGACUCAGUACCGCCUGUCUUUGUAGAGGACCCAGCAGCAUCUGUGCAAGAUGUGGCGAUAGAGAUUUCCUAUCUCACAAAUCUAAUAGAGAAACAAGAGAGACCAUCUUCAUUCCACUACUGUAGAAGAGGUGCCCUGCACAGAAAACUAGGGAAUCUACGUCUUGCCUUGCAAGAUUUAGAUAUGGUUAUAAAACAGGAGCCACAACUGCUGGAUGCAUAUUGGCAUAGACAUCUGAUUUUCUUGCUGCAAGGGAAGACAAAUGAAGCUCUUGAUGACCUAAACUUAAUUAUUAAAUAUAAUAAAACACAUGCAGAUGCCUACCUUUCCAAAGCUGAGAUAUACAAGCAGAAGAAGGACUACACUUUAGCUAUAGUCAACUAUACACAAGCUCUUAAGUGUCAGCCAACGAACGAUGACAUCUAUUUCCGGCGAGCACAAAUGUAUGAGGCUCAGGAUGAACUUAUUAUAGCCAUGGAUGAUUAUGCUCAGUGCUUUUCUAAAAAUCCCAGUCGGACGGAUGCUCUGAUGAAGCAUGGCUUGUACUAUUUUGAGAACGGCAACUGGAGUGCAGCAGUGCUGGACUUCACAGCUGUCAUCAAACAGGACUUUACUCAUGUGGAGGCAAGAACUUACCGUGGAAGAGCUUACACCAAGCUGUCCCGCUAUAAUGAGGCAGCAGAAGAAUUUUCAGCCGUCAUUCAUUUGGAUCCCAAGAACUGGAUGACUUUUUAUUACCGAGGAUGUUUGCUCCGCAAGUGCUAUCCACAAAACGCCCUGCAAGACUUUAGCAUCUCUGUGCUUCUUUUUGAUGAGUUUGAAAAUCUGAAUGCUUUUCUUCAGCGUGGUAUUCUAUACACAGACCUAGGACUGUGGUCUGAGGCUGCAUUUGACUUUGAACAUGUACUGGCUUUGGAUAGGACUGUGGCUGUGGCACAUGUGAAUCUAGGUCUGAUCUGUCUUUUGCAUCAAGGGCAAUUUUCCCAAGCGGUCCAUCACUUCUCUUCCGCUAUAAACAUUGAUCCUCUCUGUAUUAGAGCAUAUCUAUGCAGGGCACAAGCUUACAGACAGCAUAAAGAUUUGCGUAAUGCUUUAAAGGAUAUAACCCGUGCCAUCCAUCUGCGUCCAGACUCCCAAGAACCAUACAUAAUUCGGGGACAGUAUCUGUAUGAGAUGAAGAAAUAUGAUCUUGCCAGCUUCUGCAUUUACCAUGCAGCUGAGAUGACUCAAGGUUCCUCACCGGUUCAGCAAGCCUUGGUCCAGUCCUUCCGCAGGCAGUACAGCAAUGCAAUUGAAUAUUUGGUUUCUGCCAAUAAAGAGAAGCCAACUCCGGCACUGAUGAUCCUCUUAGGAAAAAUUCAAAUGAAGUCAAGGAAAAACAAGGAUGCCGCUAAAAGCUUCAGACAGGCUUUGGAAAUAAUGGGUCAUUCGGAUGAGAGGUCAUCCACUUCUGAUAGGGCAGAAAUCUUCUACCUGCUGGGUCUUUGCUACAUGGAGCAGUUCAAAUUCUUACAGGCACUCGAGGCUCUGACUAGUGCAGUGAAAGCCAGAUCAGGUUAUUGCGACGCUUAUUAUCAACGUGGAUUGUGUCGUAUGCAUCUGCAGCAAGCCAACUGCGUGCAAGAUUUCAACAGGGCUCUUGAAAUCAACCCAACACAUUUCCAGGCCUAUUUGUGCCGAGCAGCGUUCUAUGGAUUCAGAAAGAGAUACUCCAAAGCCAUCAUGAACUGCAAUGCUGCAAUUAAAGUCCAGCCACACAGUGUAAGAGUUUAUCUCUACAGAGGAGCAUUGAAGUACUACAUAAAGGCAUAUAAGCUAGCCAUUCUGGAUUUAACAAAAGCUGCAGAGUUGGAUCCAUGUUGUUCUCUUGUAUAUUACAACAGAGGAGUUUGUUACCAUCAGAUGAAGAUGUACGAGGAGGCUUUGAAAGACUAUGCUAUUGUACUUCUUCUGGGAGGAUGGAAAGAAGCUGAUGUUAAAGUUCUUGUUAAUCGUGGAUUGCUGUACCUUGAGCUUCAUGACUAUGCCAAUGCAUUGGAGGACUUCAAAGCCGUGGCUAUAAAAACUCCUGGAGACACAAAGAUCCAUGAAGUGAUAGGAGACUGCCAUCACAGACUUCAGCAGUACAAAGAGGCUGUGCAGGCUUUUAACCAGGUGCUGCAGUUAAACCAAUUGUCUCCAGAGGGAUACAUUGGCCGUGGCAACGCCUACAUGGAAUAUGGCCAUAAAGAGGGAUUCAGAUAUGCCCAGAUGGAUUUUGUGAAGGCCCUUCAUCUGAAUCCUAUGUGCAUUGCUGCUCGGAUUUGCCUGGGUUAUAAUUUGCAGGCACAGGGAUCCUAUCAGAAAGCCUGGAACCAGUUUACAAUAGCCUUGGAUAUCAAUCCACAGACCAUGCUGGGGUUUGAAGGCCGUGCUAUUGUCAACUUACAGAUGGGGGACACAUUUGCUGCUCUCCAAGACAUGAACGCUGCAAUAAAGCUUGGUGUAACAGCACAGCUGCUAACAAACCGAGGUGUUAUUCACCAGUUCAUGGGGAAGUUGCCUAACGCCAUGAGAGAUUAUCAAUCAGCAAUUACAGCCAAUCCAAAAUACCCUCUGGCAUACUUCAAUGCAGCCAAUAUGUAUCUCCACAAUCGUCAGUUCUCACAGGCGAAAGACUACUACUCUAGAGCCAUGGAGCUGGAUCCCAGCAAUGAAUCGGCCGCUCUGAACAGAGGCAUAACUAACAUGCUUUUACAAGAUGUACAAGGAGCUCUUCGAGACUUCCACAUGGUCAUUAAUCUGUGCCCAGUAUCCUCUGCUGCAUACUUCAAUCGUGCUAGCUUACAUAAUACGUUACAGCAGUAUGAAGAAGCUGAGAGUGACAUAUCUCAGGCUUUGAUUAUUCAGCCUGGAGAUCCAGUGAUGUACAAACUCCGUGCAGAUACCAGAGGAAAAAUGGGAAUGGCCAAAGAAGCCAUUGAGGAUUAUGAACAAGCAAUAUAUCUCCUUCAGCAAAGUGAUAAGGCUCAUUAGCGCUAGGAGACAUUCUUGUUCAUCUCAUCGACCUCAC